AGACCACUGUACCAUCCAUCCCUGAGAAUUUGAUCGAUUUAAUCUAACAAUUGAAAUUGAUAAAAGGAGGAAAAAGUGAAAAACCCAGAUUGGUAUAUUUGAUUUGGUACUGUUAAUUACCUACCGGCUACCACAAGGACGUCGGCCUAGUAGUUAAACUAGACUGAAAAAGGAUGGGACCGAAGGAGGAGGAGGAGCAACAGUCCCCACCCCGCAACUUCUGGGGCAACACACCGGAAGACGAGGAGGCGUACCACGCAUCCCAAGGCAUCAAAUCCACCAACUCCUUCCACGACUCCCCGGGGGGGCUCUCCCUCUUCGCCCGCUCGUGGGAGCCACUGCCACCAUCCUCCCCACGGGCACUCCUCUUCAUGCUCCACGGCUACGGCAACGACAUCUCCUGGACCUUCCAGUCCUCGCCCAUCUUCCUAGCCCGCUCCGCCUUUUCCUGCUUCGCUCUCGACCUCCCUGGCCAUGGCCGCUCCCAGGGCCUCCGCGCCUUCGUCCCCGACGUUGACGCUGUUGUUGAUGACUGCAUCUCCUAUAUCGACUCCAUCCGGCGACGCCCCGAAUAUCGAGACCUCCCCUGCUUCCUCUUUGGCGAAUCCAUGGGCGGGGCCAUCUGCCUCCUCAUCCAUCUCCGUCAUCUGACCGCCCGCAGGUGGGACGGGGCCAUCCUUGUUGCGCCCAUGUGCAAGAUCUCUGAUAACAUCCGGCCGAGAUGGCCAAUCCCCCAGAUCCUCACAUUCGUCGCCAAAUUCCUUCCCACGUUGCCAAUCGUACCCACCGCUGACCUGGUGGAGAAGUCGGUCAAGGUCGAGGAGAAGAGGUUCAUCGCCGCCUGCAACCCGCUGAGGUAUCAGGGAAGGCCUAGGCUUGGGACUGUGCUGGAGCUUCUGCGGGUCACUGACGACUUGAGCUCCAGGCUCUCCGAGGUCAGCCUUCCCUUCAUCGUGCUUCACGGCAGCGCCGAUGUGGUUACUGACCCGAGUGUCAGCCAGACGCUCUACGACGCGGCGAGGAGCGAGGAUAAGACCAUCAAGAUCUAUGAGGGCAUGAUGCACUCCUUGCUGUUUGGUGAAACGGAUGACAAUGUUGCCAUAGUUCGGAACGACAUAUUGGCCUGGCUGAACGACAGUGAGUAAUCCGAGGUUUAUUGUCACCCUCAUACUCACAAAUGUGAUGCCAAGUCUGAUGAUCUUCAAAAACGUUACUCUGCCUCUGAGUGAGAGCACUCUCCAUUUCUCCGCUUCUAUGAAUUUAUUUUAUUAAUAAUCUUCAUGCAUAUGCAAGGCAAUAACUUUUAUUUAGAUUUUGAAAAAAUAUUGGCCUUUUUAUCGAUUAUUUGUCUAGUAGCUUGGGGAAGGGACUAUCAUCACUCAAUAUGUGGGCAAACCAUUUAUGGGUUAAUUGCUGUGACCUUUAAUUUGAGCCCUGUGUCAUGCUAAUGUUCCAUUUCUAUGUGUAUAAGUGUUUCAUGCACAAAUGGUGCAGGUAUGUGUAAUCUAUUGGAUACGGGUUUGGUUUCGUGGCUCUCAUGUCAUGUCUGAAUUACAUUCUUUACUCAUACCAAUCCUCUAGUUUUUAUGUUCCAUAUUAAUCUGCCAAUCAAAUCACUCAGUAUUUUUCUUUUUUAGCAAAAACUAAAUGCAAAGUUUUUCUGAGGGAACUUGAUUAACAAGACAAAUGAGAUUCUUGUGGUGCAAUUAUUUGGCAUUUGCUUGCUUCAUCAGCUUGUAUAGUCUAAUUGGUAGGAUAAUCAUCGCAAGUUGCGAGCAGAUACAAUUAAUAUGAGAAUUGAAAAUUCGUGUAAUUCAUCCCUCUAUCUUUUGUUUUUGUUUAAGGGAAUUAUCACAUUAUUAUCCUUUCAAUGAUGACAGCAUUGCUUGCUCAAGUUGUACUUGUCUGUUAUCAUGAGUUGAUUUAUGCAUGUUUAGGCUGAACUAGUUCAUAGGUGGAGAUCCAAAUCAUCUGAUGUAUAUUUGGUUUGUGGAAUGAGAAGGUAUAUCUGGAAGAUCUUUAUAGAGAUUGAAGCAACUCAAAUUACUGCCAAUACUUACAAUUUAAUCCCUUUUAGAUAUGUGAAUUUCUGUUAGUUCGAUGUUAUGUAUUUGUUGAUGGCGUUGAUGAUACUAGGUUAUAAAUCAUCGAUAGGUCAUCUACAAGAAAAGCUUUGUGUGCUUUUAUUUUCGAGACCUACCCAAGAUUAGCUGUGUUGUCUCUCUUGCAAUACUGACUUGUCCUAGCAAUAUAAAGAAACUGCUCAACUAUAAGUUCUCCUCAAGCAUCUGCAUGUUUGUUCUUGGCAUGAUGAGCUUCAAAAGCGCAGAGCUGUGACUUGAAGAUAGAGUUGGAAAAAUCAGAAGACUCCAUUGCCUUGGUCCUAAUACAUACAUUUGAUUCGUUAGUUUUGGCACAUUCGUGCUUCUCUGUUCAUAAAAAUAUGCAUUAUAACUAGUUGGGUUUUCAUGGAUGUUCAAUUGAAGUUGGUACUGAAAAAUCAUAUUGAUGGAUAGAUGUUGAUUCUUGGGACUUCCUGCUGAAGAAAUGGUCAUCAUAUACGUAUGGUUGCUUGAUUAGAUAUUGCUCCUUCUAGAUUAUUGCAGUCCAAGUUGGAAAGCUUCAAAGCUGAGAGAGUAAGCAAUAACCUUAACCCUCUUUGAUACCGACUGCAUUCAGAUAGAUCUUGUGCUCGUAGGUUCACUGAAGGAUCAUAAAAAGAAUGCUCAUCAGAAUGUCAGGUUUUAGCGUCUGUCUCAUCUCAAGUGAAACUGUGAAGAUAAUGGAGAAACUUGGGAAAAAGAAAUCUGUAAGUGGUCCUCUUGAUUUUUUCUUAGGAUGUAUGAAGAAGAAAAGAGAGAGUUAGGAAGAGAGAGCACAAGUGUAGUCAUGGAUGGGAAUGUGAAUGAGGAUACUGUGCCAAUUUCUUCUGAAUCUAUAGAAAAAGAGGAGUUAACAUAAGGCCGUGGUUAAAAUGCUGGAAUUUAUCAUGGAGGAUAUUCAGGAUGCGUGGAUUCCUGUGAAGAUUCAGCAAGGAUUCUGGAUUCAAUCACUCGGCAGAAGAAUGUUUCAAUCUUUAUUCAUCUGCUUGAGAGCCAGUUGUUUAUCAUCACCGUCAUCUUCAGAAGAGAGCAGCCCACAGGAAGAUGAUUAGCUGGCAUAAAGUAGCAAAGGUUCAAUCUCGACUUCCUUGGGGCUUCUCAGGGAUUUGCUUCUGUUAUCCAAUAAUGCUUCUUUUAAGCCUGGGUCUUUCCCUUUCACCUACUUGGGUAUCCUGAUUUCUCCUAAAAAGCUUGCUAUGUCUCAUUUUAAUUUGAUGGUGGAGAAAAUUGAUAGGGUCAUUGCCAAUUGGAAUAAAUCUCUGAUUUCUCCUACUGGUAAAAUGACUCUUAUUAAUUCCUCCCUGCUGUCUGUCUCUCUUUAUUACCUUUCUGUUUAUCCUAUUCCGGAUGUUAUCUUGGAUAAAAUUUCCACUAAGGCUAGGAAGUUUCUGUGGUCAAAUUGUGGCAAUAGAAGUGGCAUCCAUUUGGUUAAUAGAAUUGAUAUCUCUCUUGAUCAUUCUGAGGGGAGUCUUUCUUUUAAAAAUCUCAGAAUUUCCAAAGUUGCUUUAAUGGCCAAGCAUGUCUUCAGUUUUUUAAAUCAAUGUGAUCUCAUUUGGGUGGAUAUUUUGACUCAUAAGUAUGGCAGGUUUAAUAUUUGGUCUGACAAUAUCCCUCCCAAUUGCUCCUGUUUUUUUUGGCGUUUAUGCCGUACUUCUCAUACCCUUAAGCCUUUUCUUUGGAUCAAGCAUGUCAAUCCUAGAUAAGUUACUCUGUUGAGUGAUCCUUGGUAUUUUGAAGUCCCUUUGGCCUUCAAACCUACUUACCUGAAUAUGGACUUGGAUUUGAAUAAUUAUACUCUUAUUGAUUUCCUUGUGGAUCCUCAUUGGAAUGGGCAUGUUUUUAAAUUGGUUUUUGGAGAACAUAUAAAUUCCUUUGUCUUCCAUUUUGGUUCAGUUAAAUUUAAAUGCUCUUCCUCAUUGGGUCUGGUUCCCCAAGGCUUCAAAUAACAGGAUUUCCAACAUGGUUUACAAGCAGUUAGUUUCUUAUAAUUGUGAUCCUUGGAUGGGUUGGAAAAAAUUGUGGGCUUUAAAGAUUUCUCCCAGAGUUGAGCAUUUUCUUCUGGUUGUUGUUUAAGGGUAAGAUUAAGACAACUGAUUUUCUGCAUGCUUUGAAUUUGGGUCUUCAGGAAAUGUGUGUUUUUUGUGGCCUCAAUUUUGAAACUCCAGAGCAUAUUUUUUUUCCUGUGUCUUAAAGCCUAAUAUGUUUGGAAUUCGGUUAGCUGCUUGUCGUGAUGGUUUUUCUGCUGGGAAUUGGAUU